AUGAAGGCUAUAGUUUCUGCAUCCAAGUUGAACCAAGCUUUUGCAUCAACCAUUAAACAUCCUGUCGGCAAGCACAUAGUUUUAUGUCAGAUUUGCAAUGAUCACAGUGAAAAUGGGAACGACCCUCGUAAAGCAAAACGCUACUUCUGUGGUCUGCCUAAUACCAGAAUUCUAAUCAAUCCGCUUAAGGUAUGA